AUGUUGGGAGUCGUCCCGGCCGUUGCUGGUAACUACGCCCCGGUUGAGCCUUCUGAUACUAUAGAAAAUGUGAAGGCCAAGAUCCAGGAUAAGGAAGGAAUUCCUCCUGAUCAACAAAGACUUAUUUUUGCUGGCAAACAGUUGGAAGAUGGACGGACGCUGUCUGACUACAAUAUUCAAAAGGAAUCAACUCUUCACCUUGUGCUGAGACUUCGUGGUGGUGCUAAGAAGAGAAAGAAGAAGUCUUACACUACCCCCAAAAAGAACAAGCAUAAGAGAAAGAAGGUUAAGCUUGCUGUACUUAAAUAUUACAAGGUGGAUGAGAAUGGUAAAAUCAGUCGUCUGCGCCGAGAGUGCCCCUCUGAGGAAUGUGGGGCUGGAGUCUUCAUGGCCAGUCACUUUGACAGACAUUACUGUGGCAAGUGCUGUCUGACAUACUGCUUCAACAAACCAGAAGACAAGUAA